UCAUUACUUCACCGUUUUGUUCACUGUGAGAAUCGAACCAAAACCUAAUCUUAAAACUACCUUUUUCCCUUUAUAGCAUGUGUUCUCGAUUCAUGGCUCGUUCUAUUGAAUUCGAGUUCUUCUCGAUUCCUUAGCAGACGUUCUUCAUAGUGGAGCGGAGCUGCUGGUUAGAGUGAACAGAGCUGCUGCUGCUGGCCGGAGGAAAGAUGGGUUGCUGCUGUGAAAAACUAAUCUCGCUCAAGGUUCUUAUUUGUGUUUCUAUUUGGAGAACAAUAUCAGUUUUGUUCACAAAUUGCCAUCAUGGUUUUUUUAGCUUCUUUCUCCCAUUGCCAUCUCUGAUAGUUUACUAUUUAACA